AUGGCGUCAACCGUCCCAGACUCGUCCAUACACAUUCACAACCUCAACUACAAAUUUCCUGAUGGCACACUUGGUCUUACGGAUAUCAACGUGGGACCUGCCGAUGGGGAGUCGCACCUUAUUGAUAGGAGCACUCUCCUCCGUCUCCUCUCGGGUAAACGCCUCGCCCCAUCUGGAUCCGUAAUUAUCGGUGGCGUCGACCCGUUCAAAGAUGGCCUCGAAGGAGUCACAUAUCUUGGCGUAGAAUGGGUUUUGAACCCAAUCGUCCGCACAGAUAUCGAUGUUCCCACCCUCCUCGCAUCAGUCGGAGGCGACUACUACCCCGAUCGCCGGGACGAAUUGGUAGAGAUUCUCGACAUAGACUUGUCGUGGCACAUGCAUGCGGUGUCAGACGGUGAACGGCGACGUGUUCAGCUAGCCAUGGGCCUCUUAAGACCAUGGAAUCUGCUGCUACUAGAUGAAAUCACAGUUGACUUGGACCUUCUGAGCCGCGCCAACUUUCUAGGAUUUUUGAAGAGAGAGACAGAAAGCCGACCGUGCACAAUUGUGUAUGCCACCCAUAUUUUGGAUAACCUUGCCCACUGGCCUACGCAUCUUGUGCAUAUGCAUAUGGGCCAAGUGAGAGACUGGGGCUCCCUAGAGAAGUUCUAUGCUGGAAAACCAAGGGUGUCGGAGAAUAGCCAACUUGGUGAAUUGGUUCUGGAAUGGUUAAAGCGAGAUCUAAAGCACCGGGGACCGCGACCUGGAAGGCCAAGUGAGAGUAAACCCGAGCCUGGGUAUAACAUGGAAAUAUAG